AGGAGUAUUAGCCGAAAGGGAGGUGUCUGAUGCAGGUAAAGAAUUGAUUCUUGCCGGUAUCCAUACGGUGAUGUCACCCGAAGAUGUCAUCGACUGUGUGUGUAUGAAGCAGGAGCGGCCCGGGCAGAUCGGAGGUGCGGAUGCGGCCCUCGUUGAAACCAUUGUAAUUACUCAUGAUGCUGAGAUGGAGGCGAUUAACUCCUGCCCAAGAAAACCGGACCCAACAGGACCUCUCUACCCUGUGGACCUCUGGACUGUAGAGCAAGAACAAUGUUUGAACUGCAAACUGCGCCUGACAGGGCCAGCUAUGGUGGUCUCCCACUACAAGUUUCACCCAGAAUGCUUCUCGUGCUCUGGCUGCAAAGCAUUGAUAGAGGAGGGGGAGUCAUUCAGUUUGGUGGACAGCACAGCACUUUUCUGUGGUCCAUGCCAAAAGCUGCUUCUUCUGCAACCGCAUUUUGAGGGCCUCUGUAAUGAAUCGGCUCAGGAAACUCAUCCCCACAUGCUCACCCUUCUGCGUCUGCCUCCUAAUGCAACUGGCAAUAGGGGCUUCUCUGUAUCGGUGGAGGACAUGCAGGUCACAGAAGUAACAUUGGAGGCAUGGAACUUGGUAUACCCAGGGGACCGCAUCUUGGAGAUUAAUGGCUCUCCUGCUAUUUCAUUACCUCCUAAAGAGGCUGAUAACCUGCUUUCCUGCUCAGACCGGACCCUGCAGCUUCUGGUAGAGCACAACCCCCCACUGGCUUCCCCAGUGACUAGAGCUCCCCCUAAAUCUCCUUCUCUUCACCCUCGGGAUGCAAGGGGCCUGAGUGAAAACAACACCAAGCGGAGCUCCAUCCGACGCAGCAAUAGUAACAGCCGUUCUCCAGGGCCAUGUUCUCCAAAAGACCCUCGAUCCGUGUCCCGCUCGGAAUCUCUGCGUUGUACAGUAGGAUCAACUCAGCAGAUCUUUCGGCCAUGUGAAUUGCUACAUGGUGAAGAAUUGGGGAAAGGAUUUUUCGGAAGGGCCAUUAAGGUCACACAUAGAGCCACUGGAAAAGUGAUGGUAAUGAAAGAGUUGAUACAGUUUGAUGAACAAACACAGAAAACUUUCUUGACAGAGGUAAAGGUCAUGCGUUCUCUGGAUCAUCCCAAUGUGCUGCGAUUUAUUGGCGUUCUGUAUAAGGAUCGAAGGUUAAACCUGCUGACCGAAUACAUAGAAUGUGGAACCCUGAAGGAUUUCCUUAGAGGGGAAACUUGCCCUUGGCAGCAGAAGGUGUCAUUUUCUAAGGACAUUUCAUGUGGAAUGGCUUAUCUUCAUUCCAUGAGCAUAAUACACAGAGAUCUCAACUCACACAACUGUCUCAUCAAAAUGGAUGGAACAGUAGUGGUUGCUGACUUUGGACUUUCCAGACUUGUUGUAGAAGAAAAACUCAAACCCCCACCAGAGCGUCCUCCCACAAAGAAGAGAACUCUUCGUAAAACAAACCGCAAGAAGCGUUAUACGGUGGUGGGCAACCCAUACUGGAUGGCACCAGAAAUGUUAAAUGGUAAAAUUUAUGAUGAGAAAGUGGAUGUAUUUUCAUUUGGAAUUGUGCUGUGUGAGAUUAUUGGACAGGUGUAUGCUGAUCCCGAUUGCCUGCCACGUACCUUUGAUUAUGGACUCAAUGUUCGUCUUUUCUGGGAAAAGUUUGUUACAGAGGACUGUCCUUCAGGAUUUUUCCCCCUGGCGACAUCCUGCUGCCAGCUGGAGCCUGACCAGAGGCCAGACUUCGUUUAUUUACAUGAUACCCUUACAGCCCUGUCUCUGUUUCUGGGGGAACUGGCAAUCCCAUUACCUUCUGAACUAGAAAUGAUGGAGACUGAGCUGAGGUUGCAGCAUGGUCUGAAACGAGAGGACUCUCCACAAGGUGAUGCAGAUCACAUUCAUGAGCAGAGAUAAGGAGGACAUGUGAAGCACCCUCCAGUUCAUCUCUA